AUGGCCUCAUCUGCCCUCCAGCGUCUCGUACGCUUUGUACCUAGAUCUAGUCCUUCCAAGAUCCUUAUCGGCCAGCCAGCAGACAAGGAUAUUGAUGUUGGUGCUGCGUUACGCAAGGGCCAAGAGGUUGCAGUCAAUGUUUGGUCAGGUUCAUCAGUCCUAUCCCCAGGAUCCUCGACUGGUACUACCGAAACCAUUGACCGCGUCCUGUCCCCUCUUGCCCAGAAUGAGAUCGGUACUAUUCGAUGUGUCGGUCUGAAUUACAGAAAGCACGCUGCGGAGUGUGGACUUGAUCCCCCAGCAAUCCCGGUCAUCUUCAUGAAGCCAGCGACAACGAUCGUGGAUCCUUGGCCAGCUCGUGGAACCAUUCCCAAGCUGAGCCAGGUGGACGAGUCUGGCGACUACGAGGCAGAAUUGGCUGUGGUAAUUGGUAAGACGGCUAAGAACGUGAGCGAGGCCGAAGCUUUGGACUACGUUCUUGGAUACACUGCCGCCAACGAUGUUUCCAGCCGCACUCAGCAGCUAAACCAGUCUCAAUGGUCCUUCUCAAAGAGCUUUGAUGGGGCUUGUCCAUUAGGCCCAACACUGGUUCUCAAAUCUCUUAUCACAGAUCCCACCAAGCUUCACAUGCGAGGGUUAAAGAACGGCGAAGUGUAUCAGGAGAGCGGCACUGACGACCUCAUCUUUUCUGUUCCUAAGAUUAUUAGCUGGCUGUCUCAAGGCACUACACUUCCCCCAGGAACUGUCAUUGUCACUGGCACCCCCGCCGGUGUUGGAAUGGGCCGAACUCCCAAGGAUGCGCUCCGGCACGGCGACGAAUUCGCGGUUGAGAUUCUGCCUCAUAUUGGAACACUCACCAACAUUUUUGAGAAUGAGAAGAGUGGCUUCAUGACCAAGUUGUAA